GCCGAGCUUCAAGUCGUCUGGGCGUGGGUGACCCGGUCUGGGGAGACAGGGAGGGGGUUUUGCUCGUUCAGCUUUUUGAGUUUAAUAACAUCGAUCCUGCCAAACUCUCCGCCCGCCGCUGUCCCGCCGCUCUUCUCUCCCAGAGUCUCCAUUCCUCGGACAGUCCAAACAGACCCAAGUGUUUGGGUCAUGUCUGCUCAGGUCGAAUGACGGACACCUUGAACGAGUGGCUGGUCCCUAGCUUCCGAGGGCAGCUUCCCUGACUGAGAGCAUCCAUCCCUGCCUUGCUGCUGCCCCGGACAGUGCCCGUCGGACUCUCGUGCGCGCUUUAGGGCGUUCCACGAAUACCCGCUCGGGAAGAGACCCAGUCUGGAGGCCCUUCUCAGGGACUCCUUGCCACGAGGGUAGGAGCGUCGGGGAGCUGCAGCCAUGCUGAAGCAGAUACUGUCCGACAUGUACAUCGACCCUGAGCUGUUGGCCGAGCUCAGCGAAGAGCAGAAGCAAAUCCUGUUCUUCAAGAUGAGGGAGGAGCAGAUCCGCAGGUGGAACGAGAGGGAAGCAGCCUUGGAAAAAAAAGAGGCGGGAUCUCCGGGGAGACCCAGACCCCAAAAAGAAAACAAGAAAACUGUAAGUUGGAAGCUUGGAGCAGAUAAAGAAGUCUGGGUAUGGGUAAUGGGGGAACACCAACUAGAUAAACCUUAUGAUGUCCUCUGUGAUGAGAUUAUUGCUGAGCGGGCACAGGAGCAGCAAGCAAACAAAGAAGCAGAAGAGCUCAGAAAAACUCAAGCAAAAGAAUCUUCGAAGACUUCCAAACCUCAGUCGCUGCAUUCUGAUUCAAAAGCAUUGAAAAAUUGGGAGACUCCCAAUGCUUCUAAAAGAAUAGACAGUGAGGAGUCAGGAACAGAAAUUAGAAAAGCUUCAACAUCAGAAGAAGAGAAAAUUCAGUCACCCUCCGGUUCAUCAAGAAAUAUUCAGCAGAUGUUGGCAGAUUCCAUCAAUCGUAUGAAAACCUAUGGAUUUCAACAGCAGAAGAAAGAAACAAUGAGGAAAAAACAAGAUGAAGAGUUGAAACAAGUGGAAGAAGAGAGAACCAGACAGAUUUAUAAGAGUUGGAAAGAAACCCAGAAAUCAAACAAGGAAGAGCGAGAAUGGCAAGAGUCUUUACGGAGAUCCAAAGCAGCUGAUGAGAAGAGGCGAUCUAUUGCUAAACAAGCAAGAGACGACUAUAAGAGGUUAUCCCUGGCUGCACAGAAAGGGAAGGGCAAUGAUGGAACCCAGAGCUCUCAAAAUGUUACACAGAAACCCAAAAGGCCUCCUCUUCCACCAAAACCUCAACUGAUCAACCCACUAGGACCCUUUGGAAAACCUCACAGAAAUCAGGGAGUGAAAAGAUCGGUGUCCCACUCAGACCAAGAAAACAUCAUCACGUGGUUUAAGGAGGAGCAGAUUCCACUGAGAGCUGGCUUUGAGAAAAAUUCAGACACAAUUGCACCCUGGUUCCAUGGAAUUCUUACUCUUAAAAAAGCAAACGAACUCUUGAGUACAAAAGUACCUGGAAGUUUUCUGAUCCGAGUCAGUGAAAAGAUAAAAGGCUACGCUCUGUCUUAUCUCUCAAAGGAUGGCACUAAACACUUCCUAAUAGAUGCCUCCACUGACUCCUACAGCUUCCUAGGAGUGGACCAACUACAGCACUCCACUCUGGCAGAUUUGGUGGCUUAUCACAAGGAGGAACCCAUCACUUCCCUAGGGAAGGAGCUGCUGCUCUACCCCUGUGGUCAGCAGGAGCAUCCGCCUGACUACCUGAAUCUCUUUGAGUGACACUAGCGACCAGUUUUUGUUCUGCAAACUGUAGCUGAGCCUUUCUCAGAAGGAGCCCGUUAAAGCUCAGAAUGUGGUGUUUCUUCACUCUGCAGAAACGACCCUGAUGUUGCUAGAAGAAUCUCUGUUCAGCCCAAACUCUAAAGACUUAUGUCAAUGGGAAUGUCCUCUUGUUACUUAUGUUCUCAAAGGGAAAUGAUUUCCCAAGUUCAGCAAAGCAGCUGUACGGGGAGAAACAGCUUUACUGGAUUACAUGAAGAAAAGCCCAGAGGAGUUAAAGGGAAUAAGAGAUCUUUCCAAAACCAAAGUGAUUACAUGAUAUGGCUCUGUUUUGCAGUUCUAAAGCCUCCAGGUUCUACACUGAUGCUUACUACAAUUCAAAUUGCUUUUAAAAUAAUAAUAAAGGCAGGUGGUGUAGUUCUUUGGACAGCAGGAUAAGUUGUGAAAAGCCCGGGUUCAAAUACUGCUUCUGAAACACAGAAGCUCUGCAGCCACGGAUAAGUCAGCCAGCCCCGCAGUGCCCGGGUAACUCUGUGAGACUAGAUGAGUUGCCCUCUGUAUUUCUGGAGAGACUUUUCAUAUCAGGAGUUCCCUAGCAAGUUGAAACCAUGGCCCCUGACUGUAAAAAUGCGGGGGAUGGAGGAUGGAGAGGGAUAAGGAGGAAAGCUUACUUAGUUACUAGGGCUUUUUGAAUUGGAGGAAGGAAAAAAUGGGAAGCUGAAAAUCAAAAAUUUUAAUUAUUGGAAUAUUUCACCUAAUUUGUAAAUUUGCAUGAAUCCCAAGCACAUUACUUUAAGUCUCUGAGCCUCAGCUUCUCCAUCUUCAAAAUGAAAACAAAAAGAAAUAUCUGCGCUGUUGACCUCACAGAGUUGCAAUAAGGAUCAAAUGAGAUAAUUGGUGUGGAAGCAUUUUUGAAAACUAUAAAGCCUUAAGAUGUGUAGUAUAUUACACACACGGCACAUAGGAUAGAAUAAUAAGUUUGUGCAUGAAUAUGAAUAAUUCUCUUAUCCUGACACAGGUCACUAUUCAUGAAUCAAUCUUUCUGUUAAUAAAAGUGACUUCUUUUUGCUUCACAAAACAAUUAGAUUCAUAAAUACUCAGGGAGACAAACUUCUCAUCUUUCCCCUUUCUUUGGCCAGCUUUGACUCCUUACAGGGGUAGCCUCCAUUGCCAGGGCCUAGACAGAUUGGAUCCCAACUGGAGAGGAGGCUUCCCAGGGUUACAGAAAAUCGGAGCAAGGACUGCAGAGACCAUCCAGUUCAACCCACAAUGCAACAAGAAUUCCCCUGCAACACAGUCAAGAAGUCAUCAUCCAGUCUUUGCUUUGAAAACCAGUGAGGAAAACGCCCUUAACUUGGCAGGCAGACAGGCAGUGCAGUGGGCAGAACAUCUCAGAGAACACCUGCGUUCAAAUCCAGCCCUGCCCACUUAUUAACUGUCUGACUUGGGCAAAAUACUAAACUUUUUACCUCAGUUUCCUUAUGUUAAAUAGGGUUAACAAUACUCUUGCCUCCAGGGUUGUCACAAGGAUUGAAUGAGAUACUUGUAAAGCAUUCAGCACAGAACUGGGCACAGAGUAAACAGUAAAUGAGUGUUAGUUAUUAUUAUCAGUCUUUUUAAAGCAGCCCAUUCCACUUUUUUGGAUGGCUUGUUUUUAUCAUUUUCUUCUUUUAUUACACAUAGAACUAAUUUUUUGCCAUUUCCAGCUUCUCCUUCAAGUUCUCCACCAAGUCUCCACCAAGAUUAAACAAAACAAGUCUAUUUUCAUUUCCACUCGAUGGCCUUUCAAAUACCUUGAAAAGUCUAGCAGGUUUCCCCCAGGUCUCAGUUCUCUGAACCAGGCUCCCUAUGGUCCAGAUUGCAGGCCCCUUCACCAUCCAUGGCACCCUGCUCUGGAGGCUUAUCAGCGUCCUCCCUUUCUGUCACUUCUAAGAAUUCCUUCAUUGACAAUUGAGAAUUGAUAGCUACCUCAGAAUCAGAAUCAUGGAUUUAAAGUAGAGAUCAUGGAAUCUUGUUCCCUCAUUUUGAAGGGGCUUGCUGAAGGUCAUACAGGUAACCUAACCUUGAAUUCUUUUCAAAGAGCCUCUUUGUACCAGUCACAUGGCUUGUCAUUCAUGGAGUGAUCAGUUGUAUAAUGGUUUUUUUGUGUGUUUUUUUGUUUUUUGUUUUUUUUUAGUUGGGAAGAUGGUGUUAAGUAUUUAUUUGUUUUUAGCAGAGAAAGUUUCCAAUUAUAUAGAAUUCAUUGUGUAAUUUCCCCUAAAUCCUUCCAUAUGUUUUUUAAAAGAAUUCAAACUAUGCAUUAUUUUCUCAUCUUCCAUUCCUGAAUACAAUAUUAUGUGUGAUUGUGUGGUACUGCAAGCCGAGCAAUGGACUGAUGGCCACCGUUCAGCUUCAUAGCACUGAGAAAAUUCUUUAUCCUCUCCAGGUUUCAGCAUAUUCAUCUCUAAAGCGAGCAGUUGUGCUGGAUGACCCUGAAGACCAUAUCUAGCUCUAACAUUUUAUGAUCCUAUAGCUGUUAUUUAAUAGAAAAAAAAUAAGUAAAUCCAUAACCUCUGUACAAAUAUUUUGUACUUUCAUAAAAAUAAGAUAGCAAUACCUUCUCCCAGAGACCUUUCCAAGGAGAUUUGUGUGAUCGUAAGGAAAGGUAGCAUCAAUAAGAGCUGCUAGGCUAUGUACUGAUGGGAAAAAUGCACCGUGACUUGAACUGAAUUAGCCUAAGUCAGAAUUUAAUCAGUUUUCUGCAGUAUGGCAGCUAUUGUCAUUCAGAAGAAUGGGCAGAGAGUUGGGAAGAACGGGAUACUUGCCAAGCAUCCAUUGACAUGGUUGUGAUUGACUUCAUCAUAAGGCAUUUUAGGGCUCUUUGUGUAUAGCAAUAGACAAAGCAUUUGGGGGAGGGGAGCAAAAGAAUCCUUUACAGGACCUGGAUUCUAAUCUUUUUCUUAUAAAAAUCUGUUUUAACUAUGGGCAAUCAUUUCAUCUUUUUAGGUCUCAGUUUCCCCAUGCAGUUUGGUAAACCAGUAGAAGAACCUAAUGAGAAAUGGAACCAAAUACAUAACAUGCAUGUGAAUCUUUCUAGAGAUUCAUUUGUGAUGUAAUUAAGGGGUGUGUAUAUAUUUUACAUAAGCAUUUCAAAUAUAUGUGUAUGUAUUUAUAAAUAAAUUACACACAUGUAAAUAUCAUUGUGCAGAAGUAUUUUUUGACUGACAGCUAUAUCAAGUCCAUAAGAUUCUUUUGAAAAAAAUCUAUAUUGUUGUGAUUUUUUGUUUUUACAUAAUUUUCUUUUCUGAAUUUGAAUGUAUCCCUAAAUUCUUCUGUACCUGGCAAGUCAUCACUUGUAAAAGAACAAAAAAUAAAAGAAAAAAGUGCUCAAAAAAAAGACAA